AGUAUAUUCGGGUGUGAAGCUGUAGCCUGCAGAGUGCUUGCAGUGAGAGAAUGCACUGUCCUGGUCGUGAAAGUUUUUAGAAAAUGCAAGUCUGAAAAUCUCGUGCACAUUGCAGAUUCGUAUUUAUGGCAGUUUGGUAAAAACGCAAUGUAAACAAAUUAUGAAAAUUUGUUGCUACAUUGUAUAUGUUAAUCAUGAAUCAAUGAUAGUCAACCUCGGACAGUUUAUAUGGCGGACAGUUGGAGUAUAGGCCACAAAGACUGUCAAUUUAUUAGUUACGUCAUACAUAACCAGUUGAAAAAUCCACGCACAAACAGACACUCACUGACAUGCAAGCCAUAGAGAAAGCAAAAGUGCGCAAGAACUACACGCUCCUGGUGGAGGACCUCCAGGUACAGUACUAUGUAGCAGACUUCCUGUACCAGCAAGGGGUUCUCUCUUUUGAUGACAAGGAGAGAAUCUUGGCUCAAGUGACAUCACAGGAUAAAACAAAGAUGCUUCUGGAUAUGAUCCUCAAAACUGACAGACCUGACAGCUAUGCCCAGUUCCUGAAGUCACUGGAGGAAGAAUAUGGUUACCUGCAAGAUGAGAUCAGUAACACCACAGUGACAGAGGAAGAGAUACGGAUCUUCCAAGAUCCACCACCUGAAGCAGAGGUGUUAGAAGCAGUGAGGAGGGAAUUGCAGUUAUUUUACAUAAAAACUUUUACCAAGCAGGAGCCACUCCCAUGGAAUGAAGAUUUUGUCAUUAGUCUCCCAGACGUGUACACAAGCCUAGAAAUAUUGGAGAAGGAUACAUAUAAAAGACAUCUGAUGGGUCCUGUGUCACUGCAGGAUUUAUUUACAACUAGACCUCUGCCUGGCAGCACCUCACCAGCAAGGCACAUUUACAUAGAUGGCGUUGCUGGAAGUGGCAAGACAACCCUCUGCCAAAAGCUUGCAUAUGAUUGGGCCACAGGCAAUGAGCAGAAUUCUGUUUGUCAUUUUAGCUUAGUUUUGAAAAUUGAACUUCAGUUUGUUAGAGCUGAAAUGCGUUUAGUCGAUGCAGUUUUUGAUCAGUUGCUUCCAGAAGAUUUUAAUUUAUCAAAGGACGAGGUUAUUCACUGUAUACAUCACAAUCAAAGCAGUAUGUUAUUGAUUUUAGAUGGUUUGACCGAUGCAUCUCAAUAUACUAAACAAAAGGUACUUGAUUUUUUAGCAGGAAAGGUUCUAAGGCAUAUUACUAGCAUUGUCACAUCAAGACCAACAAAAAUUUCAGCAAAGUAUUUUGAUUUGCGUCUUAGGUGCAAAGGUUUUAAUAAGGAAAAUGCUAAGAAGUUUAUUGCUCAAUAUUUCAGUGGUAAACAGGAAAAGUGUUACCAGAGCCUCUUAGAUGAAGUUGAUGAGCAUUCUCUUGUGGAAGAACUUGUUCAAAACCCUUUCAAUACUUUGUUAUUGUGUGCCUUAUGGGAAGACAAUCAGUGCCGUCUGCCCAGAUCCCUAACACAGUUAUUUAGUGAGAUUGUAUUCACUUCUGUCAAAAGAUACUGUCACAAGCACAAAGCAGGGUUUUCAGGGAGUGAAAUGCCUUGGGAAUGUGAACAGAUGUUGUCAGAAAUUGAAGAACUAGCAUUUACAGGUAUAACUCAGCACGAGUGUGAAUUUUCUCGAGAUGACGUGGAUGCAAAACUGUCUAACUGUGAUGCAUACAAACUUGGGUUCCUUGCAAGACAGCCUGCCAAAUCUAGGCUGCAGACUACUGCAUACUAUAGGUUCUCUCAUAAGAAUGUCCAAGAGUUCUUAGCUGCCCGUCAUGCCCUCAGAUUAUCAGAUGAGAAAUUACAACAUCAUUUCCAAGAAUUCCUUGUCAAUCAGGAAAGUCGUAUUCUCUGUAUAUUCAUAGUAGGGGUCCUGAAGGAUCAUUUAGAACGGCUCGUGCCUUUGUUUGAGAUUCUUGCAGAAUUCUGCCAAAAUUCCUGUAGGGAUGAUCAGUUGAUUGUCACAAAACACCGGUGGUCUAGUUGUGAUUCAAGUCUUCAAAAAUACCCUUACAUCUUCAAUAAGACCUUCCGCCCUUUCGCAGUGUGUUUCAACUGCCUUAACGAGGCAGACAAUCACCCAGAAUGUGUGAGCAUCAUUGCUCAGGCCAUGCCAAAAGAUCUGUUUCUUGACAUUAAAAGUUUUAAAAAUCACUACCUGUGUCAUGAAGUGGAAGGGAGUUGCUUUGCAGUACUGGAGAACAUUCCUUGUCCUAGGUCAGUCAUGGUACUGGAGUUGUCCUAUUUCUCGGAGAAGGAUCCCAAUAAGGCUGCCCAGCAGGUAGUUCAUGCUGUCUCUCAUAUUGCCAAGCACAGUGAAGGGCAGUAUGAACUGUUUAUUUACUGUGAUGGGUUGAACUUCUAUGGUUUUGCUUCAAUUCCUUUCAUACUUGAUAUUCUUGGGGACUUCUGUGCUAAGGAAGGCAACUGUUCUUUUCUGAAGAAACUCUCAUGUAUCAAUUUUCUCAUUCAUGGGUGCUCCAUCCUUCGUUGCAUGACUGAUGAGGAGAUAUGGACUGAGAUGAAGCUCCAGACACCAAACACACACUGUCUGCCCCCUAUUGUUUUCUACCACAAUAAGCUGCCUUGUCCCCAUGCUUCAGCCAACCCUGAAGUAGGAGUUCUCAGGGCCAAUCCAUUGUACCAUGGAAAUAACAGGAGCAGGGCUGAGGAUAGUGAUGACAGUGAGAUUGUUAUCUUGGAAACUGAAGGUUCUAUCAUUUACCAAGUGUUCAAAAAAUUGAAUCCUUCUGUUCAUGUUGAAAUGCACAAAGCAGAUAUCCCCAUAGACUUCUUUUUGGAUAUGUACUGAAUCAUUUUAUGAUAGUCCCACAAAUCAAGAAGUUGUAAGUUGUUUACAACUUCUAGCACAAAUUCAUUUAUGUUGGACCGCAUAUCUGAGUAUUUCUUUUGACAUUUGGUCAUAAAGCACUUUUUAUUUUGCACAGCUAUUCCCUCAUUUAAUGAGCCCUCAAUGUAUAUUUAUUUUGGAACGUUUAUUUGAAGCUUACUUUCAUUUUUUUUUUGUUUUUGAAGUCACAUGGCAUUUGAGUUCAAAGCACCUUAUUUUUCACAAAUUCUUAAUUUUGAAUUAAUUGUGCCAUGUAAGAUGUGAUAUUUUGCCUUAACUUUGAAAUAUAUUAAAGGAUAAAGCUAUCAAAGGUGAACAUGCUUUUCCCUAUUGAAAAGAAUUUUUGUUUUUAUCAUGUUCAUUCAAGUUAAUUUAAGUGCAUGAUUACAAAUGGAAUUAAUUUAUUCAUCCUGAUUUAUGACACAUUUACUGAUAUAUAUAUAUAUAUAUAUAUAUAUAUAUAUAUAUAUAUAUAUAUAUAUAUAUAUAUGUUCAUGGUUUUUCCUGUACAUAAUGAAUGUAUGAAGGUUAUGACUUAAAAUGGAGUUGAUUUUCAAUAAGGAAGUGCUUCUUGUAUCUUGAAAUGUUUUUUAUGUCAGUAGAGCAGAUAACACAGAUGAUGAAGUAUUAUCCACAAAGUUUUUUUUUAUCAUUUUAGUGAUAGGUUUAAGUGAUAAGGAAAUCGAUAUAAAACAUUUUUUGAAAAGUGUUAUUCAGAGAUGAGAUAUUUUGAACUAAUUUCAUGUUAAGAAUAAUAGACACUACAGUGUGUGUUUCUUUGCUUUUCAUUUGAUGAUUGGUCAGAAAAAUGGUGCUUUAGUUUUCUGUGUAUAAAAAGAAUCUCUUUUUGUUUUUUACUUAAUCUCAUUGUGGGUGAAUGUUUUUUGUUUUCUUUACGUAUCACACCUCAUGCCCGGUUGACUUUCUUAUAAAAAAUAAUGCAUUGUCAAUUUUGAACAAUCUGAUGGUUAUAUGAAACAAUAA